CUAUACCCAGGUCUGAACGCACCUUUCUCUGCAGGCCUAUUUUGUCGGCGCGCUCGUGGUCGGAGUAGGCACAGCAGGCAGAGACUGUGUGGUUGAUUGAACGGUGCACGGUUCCAUUGCAACAUAGCAGGCCCCCACGAUGGCGUUCUCGAAAGAACUUCUCCGGAAUCGCGGGAAGUUCACAGGCAUCGUGCUCCUACUCCAGGUCGUCUUCGUUGUGUUGUUCGCCAUCUUCGUGGAGUAUGAUGACAGCGCCAACGCCAGUCACGACAAACACAGCAGGGACAUCAACCUCGGAGGCUUUGACCCGAGUGACAACCCAGUGUCCGCGCUUUACCCGAUGUUCCAAGAUGUCCACGUGAUGAUGUUCGUCGGUUUUGGUUUCCUGAUGACAUUCUUGAAGAGAUACGGUUUCGGUAGUGUUGGUCUAAACUUCCUCAUAGCUGCGUUCGUCAUCCAGUGGGCGACGCUGAUGUCAGGCUUUCUCCACCUUCACCAUGGGAAGAUACUCGUCAAUAUUGUCAGCCUCGUCUCUUCCGACUUCGCCGCCGCAGCAGUAUUAAUCUCAUUCGGUGCCGUGCUGGGCAAGACAAGUCCCCUCCAACUCAUCACCAUGGCAUUCAUAGAGAUCGUAUUUUUCCAAGUGAACGAGUUCAUUGGACUCAACUACCUCAAGGCAGUUGACGUCGGUGGUUCCAUGUUCGUACAUGUGUUCGGAGCCUACUUUGGUAUCACAGUCGCCAGGAUUCUGUUCAAGGAUGAUGUCCACAAGUCAACAAAAGAGGGCUCUGUUUACCACUCGGAUGUCUUUGCUAUGGUUGGUACGGUGUUCCUGUGGAUGUUCUGGCCCAGUUUCAACAGCGCCCUGGCGCCGGGAGACGACCAGCACCGAGCUGUCAUCAACACCUACUUCGCCCUGGCUGCCUGCUGUGUCACUGCCUUCGCAGUUUCAUCUGCCUUGGACAAACACGGCAAAUUUGACAUGGUGCACAUCCAGAAUGCGACCCUCGCGGGAGGGGUUGCGGUAGGAACCUCCGCCGACAUGAUGAUCGGAAUAUGGGGUGCCAUGGUGAUCGGAGCUGUCGCUGGGACUCUAUCAGUCUUGGGUUACGUUUACAUUACGCCCUUCCUUGGCGAGCGCCAUAAAUUCCAUGACACGUGCGGCGUCAACAACCUGCAUGGAAUGCCGGGAGUUCUCGCCGCCAUUGCUGGCGCAUGCGCUGCAGCUAUGGCUAGUGUGGACCAAUACGGUCUGAGUUUAUACCAGAUCUUCCCCGCCCGAUCUCCCGGAGACAACUCUACCGCUCUCCGGGAGAUCCAGGCUAACUUCUCCGCCAUCAUCCCGGGCGACAACCGGUCUGCCAGCGUCCAGGCUGGGUUCCAACUGGCAGCAUUGGCCUUGACUCUCGCAAUUGCUAUUGUUGGUGGAAUUAUCACAGGUUUCAUCCUGAGACUCGGCAUGUGUGACCAACCAGCCGGAGACGACAUCUUUGAUGACAAGCGUCACUGGGAGGUCCCGGAUGAGGAAGAGCACGUAUUCACACGAAUCUCCAUCGGCGAAAACGGAAAGGAGCAGCAGCAGGCGUUGCUUAGCGACAAGGAAACGGAAGCUCGUGUUGCUACUAGCAGCAAGGGAACUGAAAUGGCGGAUGUCCAUGUACAGAGCACUGAUGAAGUGUGGCGCCACCGGACGCACUGAUGCAUGGCCUGUCUUUGCCGACCUUCGAUCAUCUCACUUGGGGACCUUGCAUGUCACUAGAAAUGACCCUCCACUACUAUUCCAGCAAGCGUGAUAAACUGACUACAACAUUGGUUGUGGGAUUGAAAUGGUUACCGCAUUGAUUAUAUUGGGGGCUUGACACUGACUUUACAUAUGGUUGAAAUGCCUACAAUACAACAGUGUUUGUAUGGAUGAUUGACCUGGCUAUGAAUACAAAAGCUUUGUUUGAA